AUGUUUGAAACUUCAAUCAGAUGGGUUGCGACUCAUCAUUUCUACGACACCGCUCUUGUUCCCUCCUUAGUGCCACGCCGUGUGGGCUUGGACCGGUGGGAUCACCGAGUGGCAGGAAUAUCACCGGAGGAUUUAGAGCGCGUCCAAGACAGGCUAGCUCAAGCGUUAGCACGACCACCCGCGACCACUGGCGGCAUUGACUGGAAAACGGUCUUGCGCGUGGUGGUCGAUCGAUAUGCCAGCCGCCUGGAGUUUAUACAGCGCCUUUUGAACCUGACGUUGGACGAUGGGUCGAUCUUUGACCAUGCACAACAAAUUCAGAGACAGUUGCGCACCGUGCUUUUGCCCUACACCGUAUUUACAGCUCUGCCUCCCAAUACCUCCGUCACCGCCAACGCGACAAAUUCUUGGGCCGCGCCAGUUUUUCGGGAAUGUGCUACAUCUCACGCGGCCUCCAUAGCGUCUCGUGGCACAACAUUAACGCCUUCCGAACGUUUGCUCCUGCAGGCGGUGCGGGAAACUACGCAUGAGAUAUGCCGCGUCGUCACAAAGAUGUGAGCUUCCGGAAUGAAUUUUGGAGUCGACGCCUUUUAUCCUCCGGAACGACGCCCUGAAGUCGAUCACAUACAUACUCUCACGGGCAAAUGGAAGGAGGAUGUGACGCAUUUAAUCUCCUGGUUGGACUGGAGCGUGUGGGUGAAGUGCCGACCGGCAUGUGGUUUCGAGGUAACAAAAAAAUCAAGUUACUUGUUUGCGAAAUGACUGACCUUGUCGUAUAGGAGAUGUGCUAUUUGCCUACUUGGCCCUUUGG